AUGCAACCGCCCCUGCCCCGUACCCACCGCCUUAAUCGAGUGCAUAAGCCCAUGGCGAAUAAUGAAUUUACCUUUUACGGAACAGAUUUACAGAUUUGGACGAUAUCCAUGAGAGCCACCAAGGGAGGAAAGUAUUCCAUCGCCGACUCGUAG